CAGUACUGGGAAGCCAAAUGGCAGGACUUCCUGAAGACCUUGCAGGCCCCUUAUUUAGGAAGGAGCUUCCCUCAGCUGUCUCCACCCCACUCAGUGGAAGCCCCCAAGGAAUGUCAAGCCGCCAUUAAGGAAGGUGCAGAGCCCAUCCUGUGGUCCGGAAAUUUGAGCCAGCCCACCGAAGACACCCAGGAGAACCUCAACACCAGCUCGGGUGUUUCGGUGAAAGUGAAGGAAGAGAUUCCAGAUGAGGAUACUGUCACUUUGGAGGAACGGCGGCAGCGGUUCAGGAAAUUCUGCUACCAAGAAGCCGAAGGGCCCAGAGAUGCCUGCAGGCAGCUCCAGGAACUUUGCUCCCAAUGGCUGAACCUGGAAAGGUGCACCAAGGAGCAGAUCUUGGAGCAGGUCAUCCUUGAGCAAUUCUUGACCAUCUUGCCCGAAGAAGUGCAGAGCUGGGUCAGGGAAGGCGGGCCAAGGACCUGCGCUCAGGCGGUGACCCUGGCAGAAGAUUUCCUCCUGGGACUGAAGGGAAGACAAGGGCAG